CGUGCUCACUGUCCUGAGAGAUGACAAAACACUACACCCUUUGGGAUUUUUUUUCCCUCUGCUCUAAAGCAGCACUUCACAUCUGUGUCUGACAGAAGCAUAAGGAGCUGAGAGAGGCAGACCAUCUUCCUUCACAGAAUAACGUUGCAUGGGUUAAAAGUCAAGACCUGAUAUCUACAGACCCUGCAUAUUUCCUACAAAAAUCUAAAACGUGGAAGCUACCAAAAUGUGUAGGGAAGUAACUUUUCAGUGUUGGAAUAGCUAGAGAAAACAGAUGGAAUUUACUGGAUACUAAAUCUUUAAAUUAUUUUUUAAAUGUUUGCCAAAUACUUGAGUUAGCUGGGGUCGAUGUAUUUUCCUUUUUUUUUUUUUUUGUCCUUUUUUGAGGUGUGGGGGGGAAGAUGUGAAGUUCACAGGUUCUUUUCUAUUACCUGAUUAGGGCAGAAUAAACAAAAAUGCUGAAUGUGGAAGAAAUCAGAUAUUGGAGAUACCUGGAAAUAAACUAGAAACUACCAAUACCACAAGACGAAGCAGCAGUGAACAACAAGACGCUGUGGAAAAAGAAAUCACAAGACGAGAGUGCACAAUGCAUUUCAAAUAGAAAAAAGCUUCCUAUCUGCUGAGUGAGUCUCAGUAUAUUCUGACAGAGCACAGAUAAAGCUUCAAUCAAGUACCUCCUAGCUGUCUCCAAAAGAAUCGUUGUGAGUACAGAAAGCAAUAUACAACAAUGCUAAAAUCCUGAUGACAGUACACCAAGAACAAGAAUGGAAGUAAAUUUAUUCAGCAAUUCUACUGUUGUAAACAGUUCAUCCAUCAACCAUAAGCAGUUAGAAGGGCAUAGCCUCUGGGAAGUCAUUACUAUUGCCACUGUGACUGCAAUUGUAAGCUUAAUAACCAUAGUGGGAAAUAUUCUUGUUAUGAUAUCCUUCAAGGUUAACAGUCAGCUGAAAACUGUCAACAAUUAUUACCUGCUCAGUCUCGCCUGUGCAGAUCUUAUAAUUGGAAUAUUUUCUAUGAACCUUUAUACAUCCUAUAUACUCAUAGGCCAUUGGUCUCUUGGAAGCCUUGCCUGUGACCUGUGGCUAGCACUGGACUAUGUAGCUAGCAACGCUUCAGUAAUGAACCUCCUAGUCAUCAGUUUUGACAGAUAUUUUUCCAUCACAAGGCCUUUAACUUACAGGGCCAAACGCACACCCAAGAGAGCUGGUAUCAUGAUUGGUCUGGCUUGGCUAAUUUCCUUCGUGUUGUGGGCACCCGUAAUCUUGUGCUGGCAGUAUUUUGUGGGUGAACGAACAGUACCACCUGAAGAGUGCCAGAUACAGUUUUUGUACGAGCCCAUUAUCACCUUCGGUACUGCAAUUGCUGCUUUUUACAUUCCAGUAUCUGUUAUGACCAUUCUGUAUUGCCGCAUCUAUAAAGAGACAGAGAAACGUACCAAGGACCUUGCUGAACUGCAGGGUUCGGAGUCUGUGGCAGAGUUUGAGAUGAUAAAGCCUCAGAAAUCUUUCCUGAAGUCUUGCUUCAGUUGUAAGCAGCAAAACUUAGUUAAAAGGGAGAGGUGUCAGGCUUCCUGGUCUUCAUCUAGUCGAAGUACAUCAGCUACGGUGAAAGCCUCUCAGGCAGCGAGUACUUGUAACGACUGGGCUAAGGCUGACCAGUUAACCACCUGCAGCAGCUACGCAUCUUCAGAAGAUGAGGAUAAACUUGGCACUGAUUCAGUUUUCCAAGUAACUUACAAAAGUCCAUCUAAAGGUAAGGCAGAAGAGUUUCAUGAGUGCACGGAUGUUGUUGUCAAAGACCAACCUGAAGAAAAUGAUUUUGAGAACCAGAAAUACUUUUUGUCACCCGCCGAAGGCCACAUACAAAAAAGUAAAAAAUGUGUGGCCUAUAAAUUCCGGUUGGUGGUUAAGGCUGAUGGUACCCAGGAAGCCAACAAUGGUUGCCGUAAAGUAAAAAUAACUCCUUGUUCUGCUGCUCUGUCAAAGGAUCCUUCCAUCAAAAGCAUGGAUCCAAAUCUAAAUAAUCAAAUCACCAAAAGGAAACGGAUGGUUCUCAUAAAGGAACGCAAAGCAGCACAAACUUUAAGUGCCAUUCUUUUGGCUUUUAUCAUCACAUGGACUCCCUAUAAUAUCAUGGUUUUGAUCUCCACAUUCUGCUCUGACUGCAUUCCCCUGACACUGUGGCACCUUGGAUAUUGGCUUUGCUAUGUGAACAGCACUGUUAACCCCAUGUGUUAUGCCCUCUGUAACAAAACUUUCAGGAAAACAUUUAAGAUGCUGCUUUUCUGCCAGUGGAAAAAGAAAAAAGUGGAGGAGAAACUAUACUGGCAGGGCAAUACCAGACUGCCAUAAUUGCUUGUAUAUAAGGGAUAAGGGCAAAAACAGAUAUUGACGUAACCUACUAAAUUGACUGUAAUCUUGUCUUCUCAAAGAUGUUACUUUAUAUGUCUAGGGGUUAAAAAAAAUCUGCAGAAAAGUAAAAUUUUGCAUGAAAGUCAUGUGUGCUUGGGAUAAAGAAGUCAGUGGCUGCUGUGAGCAACACAGGGUGGUUUUGAUUAUGUAGUAGAUCUUCUGCAUUAAAGUUAUCAUAUUUGGGGUCUUCUGUCCUUUCUUUCAGUCUGAAAAUAUGUAAAUUAUAAACUGCUAGUGGGAUGAUCAUUCAGUCUACCUCACUGUAGCGUAAAACUGUUUCUUCCCUUAGUUCCUUUCUAGUGUAUUGUCUGUUUAGCUUGCAAUGUAUGAAGCAAUGGAGUUUGUACUACUUCUGUUUUGAGACUUUUCCACCUGAUGUUGGAACAAAAUAAGGACUAUUUAAAGGCAGAAAUGCUGUUAUCCCCAAUACUAAAUGGUUAGGGAGAGUCAUAAUAUUCCAAAUGAACACACAUAUUAUAGGGGAAUGUAAUACUGAGAUUUCCACCUUAAGGAUGACUUUUGUGGAGACAUAGGAAUGGCUCAUCGUGUAGGAAACAGAUAAUGUAUUUUGUAUAUGAAGAAGUCAGUCCCAAUCUCAGUCCCAUCAUGCAAGUCACUGUCAUCUGUAAAACAUAGUGGUGGUUAGCAACUAGCUCCAAAAUUCUCUAUUUCACAGUGCUUCUGAAGGAAAUUUUAAAAUUUUAUGCAAUUGUGACAAUGGUACAAAUCAGAACUGACUGUAAAGCACAAUGGACAUAGGCUAUUUACUUUACAACACAAAGCAAGUAUUUUUUGCGAUCUUCUUGUUGUACUUCCCAUUGCCCAAAAAGUUUCCAUUGCUGAUGUAAUGAUGCAGAACAAGAGAAAAAUAUAUAUUGAUGCUCUGUGCAUUUAUUUAUAUAUUAUGAAGUUAUUCUAAACAGUGACAGAAUUGGCAUCUCUGAAAGAGUAAAUAUUUUUUACAUAAUUUUUGGAUAUGUCAAUAAAACUAUUAAGGACACUGUGCACUUUCUUAGCACUUUUUGUCUUGAAGUAGCUUUACAAAUACUAGCCAACAUCAGGUGCUUGGAAACUUAAGUUAUCUUCAGUCGCUAUCUUUUGGUCCAGCAGAACUGUAUCUGCUACAGUACUAGGAGCUGGAGUCAACCACUCCGGUGGCUGUGGCUUCUGGAACUGUGCUGUACUGGUCUGCUUACAGUGAGCUGAGACUCUGGCCACUAGCUGAGGUUUGCUGGGGCUUUGGGUUUGUGUGAGGACACUUCCAUGGCAGGGGCAGGAGCGAGGGGCCACCUUCAGCAGAAGGCCAUUGGAAUGACCUGCCUCCUUGCGGUGGGAACAAACGUGAAACCUCAGGAAAGGCCACGAGAAAACGAAGUCAGUGGUGACACGAGUCAUAAGGAAUGAAGUACUAAAGUAAACAAAUGUUUAUGAAUAAAUGAGACAUAUAUGUACACAAAGUUCAGAUUCAGUUCUAGCCUUUCUAUCAAAAUUCAGGGUGAGAUGCUCUGGAAUAUUAGUUUGGGCCAAUCUUCAUAUUGUAUCUGCUAUACACUUUAGUGGGACAUUGAAGUGGUGGCAUGACCCUAUUGCACAUUUCAGGAAUUGUAUCAGUCAUCCUGAAUGUACCGUUGCUCUCAGUGAAAUGGUUUGUAUAAUUUAUUAAAUUAUCAUAUCAUCCAAGUGUUUCCCUACAGAUGAAUAAUUCCUCCCUCUCAACAACCACAGUACAAGUAAUUAAUAUUUUUUUCCCCAAUCUCCAGAGGGGGAAAUUGUGUCUGUGACAGAUUAGCAGUGUAGUCAUGUAAAAAUGUGUUCUUUAAAUUCACGAUUGAUUUUGUGACACACCAUACGAUGCCUAUUAUUUUUUGUGCAUUAGCAUAUCAUUGCUUAUUAAAGUAAAACAAGAGUCUUUAUAAAGACCCUGUCAUCAACUUUCCUCUGUCACUAUCCAUAGUUUUUCCUGUAUACAGUAACUGUGUGCAAGUUGGUUAUUAUAGUGGGUUUACUUUACAUUACAUCAGAUCAGACAUUCAGUAAACUGUGUUUGACUUUUAGCAAAUGAACGUGUCCCUCUGUGGCACAAGCUAUAGCUAAAGGUAAAAUUUAUGAGGUAGUAGCAGUUCCUGCUAGCUGCAUUGUUGUUGCUAAAGUAAAGCAUUGGCUUCUACUGAAAUUAAAUGGGAAAUUUUUUUGUUGGUUUUGGCUUCUGUUGAACAAGAGUAUUCUGUAAAUGUUUAUGGACUCUGUGCUCAGUAAAUGUAUUAGAAUACAUGGUAAUGGAUGCAACAAUGUUGGCUCAAUGUAAUUGUGAAAUACGUACUCAAACCAUGCUGCUAGCGCUUCACCAUGUGAGAUGUUACAUGGCCAGACACGGCUACAUUGUAAAUACCAAGAAUUAUUAUAUAUGAAGAGGUGUUUGAUGCUUUACUGUUAUGUAGGAUGUUUACUCUUAAAAAAAAGAAAUCAAAAACCACAAAAAGAAAAAGGUGAUCAGAAUAUCAGUAAGCACUUAAUUAUAAUUUGUUUUCAGAUUAAACUUUGUACCUUUAAAAAGUGUUGUGAGACUUACAGUGUAAAACAAUCUUGUUAUCUGUAUUUCUGUCCUUUAAAUGAAUCUUUUACUGAUCCUAUAGUUGAUUAUGGUUAUGGACUGGUGAAAAGAUCUUUUUUUUUUUAAAUUACAUUUUAUUUAUACAUAAUUACAUACACAUACAUAUGUAUAUAUGUGUAUGUAUUAUCAAUAUAGACGCAUAAAUAUACAUCCCAUACUAAGCUUUGCACAUAGCCAGUACACUUUAAUAUUUUUGGAUAUUCAAUUUUCCCACAAACAUGAGGUGUAAUUUUUGUCUCUCCCUUUUCAUAAAUACCAGCCUCCAGAUCCCCAUAAAUUAACAAGUAACAUUCAUUUUCUGUAAAUAUAAUCUGUGUUUGUAGAUAAAUACUUGGAAGAGUUCCCAUAAUUUUUUAAUGGGUAUAGAACACCUAGUUAAAGUUGUGCGCUUUCUGCAACUACUUAGCACAGAGUGAAGACCUUUGCAGAGGACAGAAGGUCAAGAUUGAACAUAAAUGCAGGGAUUUCCUUUAGAGAAAAAUCCCACUGAAUUAAGCAAGGAUGAAAUCAAAGGGGUUAUAGAGAAAAUACUGUAAGAACCUGUAAAAUAUAAUAGAACAUAUUUUGCAAUUAAUUAUAUAAUUUAAUUGCUAGUCAUGCUUAUCCUACUCAACUAUGCAUGUCAAUUAGUAACUGCUAUUAACUGUUGAAAGUUAUUUUUAUAUGUGGAUUUUUGUUCCUCAUCUCUAUUGUACCCAUAAGGAGACCCACACCGGGAUAUGUGGACUUGAGGAGUUCACAUCCAGAGACAGUGAUGCACUUCAAGGCAAAAUCCCUAAUUGCACUUUCUUAUCACCCUUUUGAUAUCAUUCCAGUUUUAGAGCUGAGUCUCAGAAAGUGUCCUCAUCUCUAAUUUAAUUAUUCUGGUAAUUUUAUCUCCCACAUAAGGCUUUUCUCAGGAAUCUGUGACAUUACCUCUUUGUCAUAGUCGAUAGAUGACCUGAACAUGUCAAACUAAUUUAACUGAUAAAUAUUAAUGUAAAUGUAGCUAAGGAUAGUCACACACCUGAAGGAAUAAAAGUGUCACUGGGAUGUGGUAUGUAUGUUAAAUUUAAAAUGAGAAGUCAUUACAACAAUUAAAGAAUCCCAUAUCAAUCUGAAAGAUGCUGCUUUCUUGUAGAACACAGUUGUUAUGAAAUUGGAUACCCAGUUUGAAACUGUAUUGAGUACCUGUGGACGUUUUUCAGAUUCUGGAUUUUGAAUAGAUUUUUGCAAGAUGGUUUUUCACUUGUAGUAGGAAACACAGUUUCCAAAUCACCCCUUGAUAGUUUGGGAGUCCCAAAAACUUCAUACUGAAGGAGAAAUUUUGGAUGCUUCUUUUUUGAAGAUACUUUGUAAUUUUUAAGGGACAUACGUACUUCUGCCAUCUCUGGAUUCUUUGCUCUAGGAAAAGAAAGAAACAAACAGAAUGGUGUAAUUUCCUCUGAAAUUAAUUUUCUUUGCUUUCUAUAAAGGUAUAAAUAAGAUGAUGGAAUCACAUUGGCAUAGUGAGAAACAAAUACUUGUUUCCUCAGUAGUACCAAACAGUCAAGCUGGAGUUACCGUUUGCUGUGACCUGUACAUGUAGGUGCCACUGGGUUGGAAAGGACUCUGCCCAAAAGAACUCCAUUCUGCUUACUGCUUUUCAAUAUUACAGAAUGUAUUUAAAACAAAACAAAAUAAAACAACUACAACAGAAAACCACCCCACAUUCACCACAUUUCUGAGCUACAAAACCAUUACAGGUCAGAAUUUCCCCCUGAAAGGCUGAGCUGCAAUGUUUGCCCUGGGGACUCCAAGGGCUUCAUCAGCUUCUGAAAUGUUUCCUCAGCCACUGGGAAGUCGGUGGCUUCUCUGUUUUAAAAUGCCCUUCCAAACCUGACCUCCAAAAAUGGAUAUUGUGUGUUUUCACUUAAAUACUUGUCUUUCCUCCUACCAAAUUAGAAACAGGACAUUUAUUUCUUAUGUGGUCAUCCCAAAUUGCUGACUUUUGUACCCACUGAGUUCCACAUACAAUUGACAGCUGGAUGUCAUAAAACCUCAAAGUUUGAUCAUUCAAAUAAACUUCUUGUUAAUGAUUUUAUUAAUAGUUGCCCCAUAUAUAUCAAGUAAAAAAAAAAAAAAAGGUAAAAAAGAAAACUUGAUAGCAUUAUGUUGUAAAACUAGAGAUAAUCUAUGACUAUUAGUGGUUUCAGAAAGGGAUGGUGUUGCAAUUGUUUUUUCCACCUUGGUAAAUGCAUUUAUUAAGGUUUGAUAGGUACUGCUGGGCUAUGUAUCAGAUUACAAACUUCAGGUUUCAUUACCCUCAGUGGAACCACUGCCUUUAACUCAAUACUUAUGCCAUUAGCUACUAAAUGCCAUUAGCUUUUUCAUGUGUCUGCUGAUGAAGAAGUCAGUCUUCCUCAAACAACUAGACAAUUAAAAUCCUUCAAAUUUUUCCCCUCAACAAGUAGUGCUCUAAACCCUGGUCACUGAUGGCUUCUGUUUCAAUAGAACUCUGAAGUUUGGGGAUUUUUACUGAAUUCCCAGAUUGCUAUGCCAAGAUAUAAACUGGAAUACCUCUUACUCCUCACAGGAGGCAGCCAUCUAGACAUAGCGGAGGUCAGAUAGUUGUUUUAACUACAUGCCAUACGCAAGGCCUCCUGAGAUGUGCAGUUCACCAGGCAGCUACAGGAGGAAGUGUGGAGAGAGGGUAUGGUGGAGGAUACCAGCUCUGGGAUGUGGCUGGAUUCAACACCUUACCCCACCACUCUGCCUGGGUCCUUGUGCCUUCUGAAAUGCAGAGGACAUGAGAGUGGCUAAAGGACUCUUUGUUUUGUUAAUUAUAGGAGAAAAUUUAAUUAUAGGAGAAAAAAUUACCAGGCAGGUAAUAUUGCUAAUUUAUUGAUGCACAGUAUUCAAUGCUUGGUCCUAAAACCACUUUGUCAUACUUUUAAACCUAUAGUUAACACAUAAAAAAAGGUUAUGUAGAAGUCUGGAAAUGUAUUGUUUAGGUUACACAUAGGAAAACUAGAAACAAAAAUAAGCACUUUCUCAUAUGAAAGUUGAAUGAUUUUUAAAGACAAACAAUAAUGAAUCAGUGUUUUUGCUAGAAAGAGGUCAUCAGAUUAUCUUGUCAGUUGAUACUUUUUUUUAGGAAGAAUUUUUCCUUCUGCUAAAUUCUGAGUUGAUUAAUGUGAUAUUUUAUGUAAGAAUGUGCUCACCUUUCCUGCAGUUAAGAAAACAGUAUGGGGAGAAAUACAAAAUAGCAAAGAGGUAAAGAAACCUAUUUUCUGCUAUUGUUAGGAGAUUGCAAGUUUAAAGUGGAACAUACCUCCCAUUCAGGGGUGCUUGGAGCUGCAAGUCAGCCAGAUAUCUGUUGCUCUAGACCUUGUCAAUGCUUCCUCAUUUUAGAAAGACAUUUAUCUGACCAAAUAUUUUUUUUUUUUCUGUUGGAUAGUCUUGGGAGGAUCCAUCUCUGUUCUUCAAGUCUGUACAGGAUGUAGUAUAAUCAGAAAAGGCAGAGAGAGAGGAUAGGAGAAAUGUUAAUAGGGAAAGGAAAAUAGGUGUAGACAGAAUAGAAAUCCCCGUGUUUCAGACUGUGAUUUUGCUGAUUCAGUGUUGACAGCCGGUUGGUCUCAGCAUUUUUCUUGGGAUCUGGUGAUCAGGGUUCAGUGAUGCCGAAAAAAAAAAUCGGUUCAGUUAAGGCAGCCUUUUGCUAAGGACUCACAAGGCAGAAUUUAGUCCACUUUUUAAGGCUCAGUGUCCUUCUCUUUAAGAGCUCUAGAAAAAAGUGCUGGUGGGUGUAUUGUAGUAUUCUAAGUUAUUUUCAUCCACUAUUUAGUCCAAAAUCCAGCUCCAGUAGUCACUUCCAUCCAUAAUCUGUUUAUAAAUGUGGAACCUUCUUUGGUCCCCAAGUUCCAUUAAGUGUCUGUGAACUGGAUUAAUCUGUCUUCUUUUUGCUUGAAGACUUGUUUUUACAAGUUAUUACAUUUUAAUCUAAUUCCUGUGCUGGAAUUCAGUGUCAGCAUAGGUUUGUAGGGCUCUGGUUAAUACCAGAGAGUACCUCCAAAACUGGGCAGCUGGAUUUGGGGUGUUGGUGCCCAAAUUGUUCAUACAGCUCAUUCAUACAGUCCUUUCCUCCAAAACCCUCUGAAACAGGCCAAGGGUGGGCUGCAGAGCAGGUCACUUGCCUUUGAGGAUCAGACACAGCCUGCUGGCUUUUAGGUGUGUGCUUGCAUGUCAAGAUUAUUCAAAACACAUUUUUGGAAGGCAUGUGAGAAUCUGGCUAUAUGGCCAGGAAUUGAAAUAAAAGCUAUGGGAGACUGGCAACACUUGGGUGAUUUUCUGGUAUCCUCAUUACAACCUUGGAGACCUUCUGAUAAAGUUGCAGAAGAACCCACAUUAAAUUGACUUAAUGACAUAAACUCAAUUCAGCUACUGUCCAUUUCCUUCCCUAUCACACUCCUGGUUUUGAACACAAUUUCAGGGGAAAAAAAAAUCAGAUGCUGCAAAAUACACGUGUGUGAUAUAUUGACCUCACCUAAAUAACAUGUCUGUAUCUCUUUCUGAAAAUGUUGCUGUGCAUUGUGAAAAAUAAAAAUUGCUUUCUU